AUGAUAAGGAAUUUAACUUUAUUAUCAAAAAGUUCAUUAGAUCCAAAAUGUUUAAUCUUAAAACAUUCAAACAAAAACCUCAAUAAUUAUUUCAAACAAAUAACAUUUCGUUAUUAUAGUAAAACCAACCCAAUCAUUAAACAACAAAAUCAUAAUAAUAUUAAUAACUAUAAUAAUACAACACCAGAAACUCAAGAAAGAAUUAAUGAAUUAUUAAAAUUAUUCCCUCCAAUAAAGUAUGGAUUUGCAUAUGGUUCAGGUGUAAUUUCACAAAAAGGUUACAAUAGAAAUGGUGAUGGAUCAACCUCAACUGAAAAUCCAUCAAAAAAAGAAGAACAAUCACCAAUGAUUGAUUUAAUAUUUGCUGUUGAAAACUCAACUAAAUGGCAUUCUCUCAAUCUUGUAAAUAAUCAAUCACAUUAUUCUUUUCUUGGUUUGAUGGGUGCUCAUAUAGUUGCAAAAGUUCAAUAUAUGAAUGCUAAAAUUUAUUUUAAUACAUUAUUAGAACAUAAUGGAAUUAAAUUUAAAUAUGGUGUUAUUGAAUAUAAAGAUUUAAUAGAUGAUUUAAAGAAUUGGAAAACAUUAUAUUUAUCAGGUAGAAUGCAAAAACCAAUUUUCAAUUUACCAACAUCAAGUACAGAAGGAUUGAAAGAGAUUCAAGAGAUUAAUAGUGAAUAUAAUUUAAAAAAUGCUGUAAUCACAUCAUUAUUAAUGUUACCUGAAACAUUUACAGAGUAUGAUCUUUAUCAUACAAUCUCAAAACUAUCCUAUAGUGGUGAUAUAAGAAUGAAAGGUGCUGAAAAUCCAAUGAAAACUCAUAAUAUCGUAAUUAAUAAUAUUGAUGGUUUUAGAUCAUUAUAUUUCCCAAUCAUUAAUGAUCAUUUAACUCAAUAUUUAAAUGUAAUCUUAGAAAAUGGUGAUGAAGUUAAUUCAAGUUUAAUUUUAUCACAAAAUAAUAAUAAUAAAAAUAAUAAUAAAAAUGAGACAACAACAACAGCAGCACCAAAAAUGGUUACAUUCAAAUCAAAACAAGAUCCAAUGAAUUAUUUAAAUUUAUUAAUGAUGCUACCAGGAAGUAUUAAAUCAACAAUGUUAAAAGAAGUUAGAAAUAAUAUGAAAUUGAUGAAAUCUGAUGAAAAAAUUGAUCCAACAAUACUUCACAAUUUAAUAUUUAUGAUUGUUUCAAAAAGUAGUUUCGCUCAAACAGUAAAAGGUGUUUUUACUGCUGGUAUUUCAAAAUCCUUAAAUUAUAUGAAAUUAAAAUUAAAAAAAAAUAAAAAAUAA